UGUGCAGGAACGUAAAACCACACCAGGCUUUUCGGAACAGUGGAGUAAUCGAGAGCUUUGCUACAGGUAUAUUGAAGCUCACAAAUCCAGCUGUUUUACACGUUCUGCUGAACUUUUCCGGAGGUUGCCAAUUGCUUUGAGGCGCAAAUAAAACGGAUCGAGGACGGAUGUUCGCACGUUGAUCAGGUUUACGGCGAAAAGAGAGUUGGCGCUCAGAUUUCAGCACCUUGGACAGCGCCGCAGAGGCGGUGCGCGGAUUCAACCGGUGGCUUCGAGCAGCGCAGCGGAGCGAGAGGACCGUUUCUCUCAGCCUUACAUAAAAAACUGCCCUGCCGGCUCCACAUGUGGAUUGACCGUCUGCUUUCUGGAUCACUUGGACUAUUCUUCUUUUUUUUUUUUUUUCUAAACCCAGCACCGAUUCCAUCGUGUGGGAAGGCGUGUCGCUGGAUGAGUGGCUGACUUCAGAAGCCUUUUCUGACCAGCGUAGAAUAGGUGCCGACGAGACCCUCCAUUUCUAAGGAUGCUGGUGGGAAAUGCCUGGAGAUAGAGAUGACGAGAUUUGUCAAAAAGCACUUGAACUCCUGUCCGAUCUUUGCUCGAAAGGGGAAGUUCAGAACGAAAACUGUCUGGAUUUCAUUUACUAUUUCCGAGAUCUCGCCAGGCCACGCUAUUCGGACUCAGACAUAUCUAUAAGUCUGCUGUCACUGGUAGUGACUGCCUGCGGCUUGGCGCUGUUUGGGGUCUCCCUCUUCGUCUCCUGGAAACUCUGCUGGAUACCAUGGAGGGAGCGUGGACUUUCUCCCUCCACCAAAGAGGCCCAUGGGCACAUAAACCCCACCAUGAGCCCUCUGCCCUCACAGUCCGCCCCCAGACAGCCUGUUUACGCGGCCGUGGAUCCCCCCGCACACAACCGCCGUAAGUCAUCACAUUGUUCAGUCGCCAAAGAGCCAACGCCCGUGGCGUCUGUCGUAUCAGUCGAGGUCCCGGUGACUCCCGUAUCACCUCCACCUGUGGUUAUGGCCACACCAGAGGCAGCUAUGAAGAUAAGCCACACGUCUCCAGACAUACCGCUGGACGCCCAAAAUAAAAGUCGGGAAAACGGGGUUCAUACUAAUCCUCGUAUGCAGAGGCAGACCACAGAGCCUGCACCAGGUGGAUGCCCAGUGUCUGAAAUCAGUCAAGGGUCCAUUCGCCGACACAUGAACCUCUCAAACCCAGACUUCAAUGUGGCACAGUUUCAAAGGCAGGACUCCCUGACAGGAAUGGGUUUGGGCCUUGGCCGCCUCAAACCCGAGCUGUACAAGCAGCGCUCCCUUGAGGGAGAGGAGGGCAGUCGCAGAGGAGGGGGCUCUGGGCGCCUCCACUUCAUACUGAAAUUUGACUGUGACCUGGAACAGUUGAUAGUUAAAAUACACAAAGCAGAGGACCUCCCAGCCAAGGACUUCUCUGGAACCUCUGACCCUUAUGUGAAGAUCUACCUGCUGCCUGACCGUAAGACCAAGCACCAGACCAAGGUGCACCGUAAAACACUCAACCCCAUCUUUGAUGAAGUCUUCCUGUUUCCUGUGGCAUACUCCGAGCUUCCAACGCGUAAGCUGCACUUCAGCGUCUACGACUUCGACCGGUUUUCACGCCAUGACAUUAUUGGUCAAGUGGUGGUGGACAAUUUCUUGGAUCUGGCAGAUUUUCCCAGGGAGACAAAGCUCUGCCGAGACGUCCAAUAUGUCUCCUCGGACAACGUGGACCUUGGCGAUCUUAUGUUUUCCCUCUGUUACUUGCCAACUGCGGGCAGGUUGACCAUUACCAUGAUAAAGGCCCGCAACCUUAAGGCUAUGGAUAUCACUGGGGCAUCUGAUCCUUACGUGAAGGUUUCGCUGAUGUGUGAGGGUCGCAGGCUGAAGAAGAGGAAGACAUCGACAAAGAGGAACACUUUGAAUCCAGUUUAUAAUGAGGCCAUUGUCUUUGAUGUCCCUCCCGAAAACAUAGAACAAAUAAGCCUAAUGAUAGCAGUGAUGGAUUAUGAUCGUGUAGGCCAUAAUGAAAUCAUCGGUGUGUGUCGAGUUGGCAACGAUGCGGACAGUCUUGGUCGAGAACACUGGAAUGAAAUGCUCACUUAUCCCCGAAAACCUGUUGCCCACUGGCAUCCCCUCGUUGAGUACCAGGGGACAGCAGGAAGUAGCCAGGGAGGAUCAUGUAAUUCUCUGAAGACACCUCCUUCUCCGUAGACCUCGAGCAGCAUUUAGAAAAAGAGCACAAAUCAACCCAAAACCUACCCUGUGUGCUGCUCUGUGUGGCUAAUACUUGCCUCCCCAGAAAAAAAGAAGAAGAGCAACAUCAAACUGAACAAAAAAAACGACAUCCAUUACCAGCUAUGGUAUAAAGAGGGGUAGAUCAUCUUGAAUGGUUUUCAUAUACAUCAGCUGCAUGUUGAAUGACUGCAAAAAUGGAUGUUUUUUUUCUAUUUUUUAAUAAGUUUAAUUAGUAAAAUGCAGGACAUAUGCAGACAUUUUAAGUCUGUGCCAUUCCUGCGUUCACCCAGUCUUUACUGUUUGGUCAUUUUUUUCAACCUAGUCUUGGUACUUGUUUUGAUGAAGUGAGUGUAUUUGCACAGUAUACUUAAAACCAGUGGAGCUGCCGUACUUUUUAAAAAUUUGGUGGUGAGUUGGUGCAUGAUGUUUGGUGGGAUAUCUUCUCCUCUGUUUGUUUCUGUUUCUAUUCUUGCAAUACGAUGUGCUGUUCUGUCAGUUGAUGUGCAGUGAAAGUUCAUUUUCAGACAAAAUAUAUGUAAGUGAAUAUGUUUAAUGUUAAAAAUAAAUAGUA